AUAAGUAGCGUCGAGAAGUAAAAGAAGACCUUUUCCCUCACCGCCUUCGCACUUCUGCCGACGAUCUCAGCCUCCGUCGCCGUCGCCGUGGAAGCAUGACCAGCACCUCGUCUCGCAAGAUGUUGAGCAAGAUCGCCAACAAUAGGCUUCAGAAAGAGCUGUCUGAAUGGCAAGUCAACCCCCCGGCCGGUUUCAAACACAAGGUCACCGAUAACCUUCAAAGGUGGAUUAUUGAAGUGAUUGGAGCACCCGGGACGCUAUAUGCCAACGAGAAAUACCAGCUGCAAGUUGAUUUUCCGGAACAUUAUCCCAUGGAAGCUCCGCAAGUUAUAUUUCUGCAUCCUGCGCCUCUUCAUCCUCACAUCUAUAGCAAUGGACAUAUAUGUUUAGAUAUCUUGUAUGAUUCCUGGUCACCGGCAAUGACCGUAAGCUCUGUCUGCAUCAGCAUUUUAUCCAUGUUAUCAAGCUCCACAGCGAAGGAACGUCCACCCGACAAUGAUCGGUAUGUGAAGAAUUGUAGGAAUGGAAGAUCUCCAAAAGAGACUAGGUGGUGGUUCCAUGAUGACAAAGUCUAAAACUGAAGGACACUGGCCUUUUCAGUCCUUAACGCACAGAAGAUCCAUCUUCUUCUUUGUCGAGCAGGCUUACCAGAUCAUUUCAACCAGUGAUUAUAUUUAUCCUUCUUUUUUUUUUGCUUUAUUUGGUAAUUGUAAAGAGGAUCUUAGUUAUCGAACAAUACAAUAACAUGAUGGCAUGCGGCUAAAUCAAACUUGUGCAAUACUUAUAUUUUUGUGUUAUUUACCCUUCUUUUUUUC